GUUCUGUUUCGUAUGCGUCAUUACAGGUCAAUCACCGGUCACAAAAUACAUUCAGGUCACUUUGACCUGCUUGUUGCGGGGGAAAAAAAAAUCGAAUGAUGAGAAAGUGAUCUUGUUGUGUUUGUGCAAAAUACAAUUCCAAUGACGCAUCCCUACGAACGCACCCCGCCGACAAUGAGCAUCUUCAGGAAGGCGAUGGUGUUUGCAUCAUUUUUCGGCUGUUGCAUCGCGCUGGCGCUAGAGGCCGCUGCUCUGGCCACCAAAUACUGGGUCGUGUCAGAAGCCCGGCGCCGGUUUGACAAUGGCACUCUGGACUUUUCAUCCGACGGCAAGGUCAACUUUGGGCUCUUUCGGGGCAAAAAGGAGCUCAACUACGGCUACGGCACUCGAGUGUCCUUCAUCAAUGUGGCAUCACUGAUCGUGGAUGAGGGCGAGUUUAUGGUAUGGGGGCUGUGGAUCGCGACAUUGACUUGCAUGGCGGGGGCCAUCUUGUUUUCGUCUCUCGGAGCAUUUUUCGCUGUAGUGAACACAGCUACGAAUCCCAUCAACGCAUUGCCGGGAACCCUGGGACUCUAUGUUUGGAAUUGUGCUGCAUUUGUGCUGAACGUUUGCGUCAUCUUGACGUGGGUGGCCCAGUACAAAUCCAAGUUGUACGACAAUGUGAUGGAUCGAAUGGACCGAAGUCACCAGUGGACCUCGAGGAACAUGGCUACUCUGGGAUAUUCUGUGUGGUUGAUCCUCGGGGCAGCCUUAGUACACGCCAUCAACGUUGGCGUGAUCAUCAGCGCCACGAGGACUCGGAAACCGAAGCGUGAAUACAUCGGACACGCAUCACCCAGCAAAGUGCAAGGCGCCAUUAUGCUCUACUAAAUAAAAAAUAAAAAAACACCGAACCGUUUUGAACUCAAUUGCAUGGAAACUCAAGGACCACGGAUCUUUUGUAUCACACAUCACAGGAACCAACGAAGAAGAGGAAGGGGAAACGAAGAGACGACUGAUGAAGAACGAGGAGAAGAGAGAAAAAAAAAGAAGGAGACCGAGAGAAGAAAGAAAAAUGCAAUGCUGCCAUUUUUGUGACGUAUUUUUUUGUUUUACUCUCAAACAACGUUAAAGAAAAAGGGAUUUUAUACCUUGAUAUACUAAAACGAAAGGAUUAAAAAAGUGCAGGUUUAUUUCGAGAAGAUUUUUUUUUUGACGUGCUGGAUAUUUCAUGCUCGUAAAGUUGCCAUUCCGCGUUUGACAAAUUUGUGUGUGUUUUUUUUUCCGCUUUUGCUAUUCGACGAGUGAGAUCAAAAAAAUUUGCUUUUUUUUGAACAAUCCCGUCGAGAAAAAAAAUUCGGUUGUUAUAUUUCGAUAUGUAUAUUGGAAAUGUGUUCUCAAUGUUCGAGACGUGAUUUUCUGGAGAAUUAAAGAAGAAGAAUUCUUUGGAUACGAAAGAAAGAAAACUUGACUACCUUGAAUA